AACCGCCUUGGAACCUACUUCCACAGGAGAGCCGCUUGCUCCAUUUCCUUGAAUAUCAAGACCACCGAACACUUAUAGCAUACCCCCCAUCUCAGAUUGCCCGUCAUGUCUAGCGGGCAGCUGUUGAAGGCCGAAAAGGACUUUACAAAGGAGGCCGACCAGCUGAUUCCCGAAGCAGAGCAGCUUGCAAAGUCCGAUAUCAAUGGAGCGAUCGAGAAACUCCUUGUGCUGGAGAAGAAGGCUCGACAGGCCUCCGAUCUGGCCUCGACGAGUAAAGUCCUUCUCUCGAUUGUCAACAUGUGCAAGGCUGCCGGAGACUGGUCAUUGCUAAAUGAGCAGGUGCAACUCCUAUCGAAAAAGCAUGGUCAGCUCAAACAGGCGGUCACCAAGAUGGUGCAGACGGUCCUCGGAUUCUUAGACGAUACUCCGAACACGGACGUCAAGCUAUCUGUCAUUGAUACCCUGCGGACGGUGACGGAAGGGAAGAUCUUCGUCGAAGUCGAGCGAGCCCGAGUUACCAAAAUCCUCAGUAACAUCAAGAAGGAACAGGGAGACAUCAAGGCGGCCACGGAGAUUCUAUGUGAGCUGCAAGUCGAGACGUUCGGGUCGAUGACUCGCCGCGAAAAAACCGAGUUCAUCCUGGAGCAAGUGGAGCUAUGCGUCGAGAACGGCGACUGGACACAGGCCGGGAUUUUGAGCCGGAAAAUCAGCACGAGGUACUUCGGCCGUAAACCGAAGAAAAGCCCGGAACAACUGGAGAAGGAGAAGAAGGAACGGGAAGAAAAAGAGAAGACGAGGAGUGCCGACGAGCCACCGCCAGAGCCGGAAGAUGAUGUGACGGAUCUGAAGCUGCGGUACUACGAGCUCCAAGUCACUCUGGCAAAGCAUGAUGACAAAUAUCUAGACACCUGCAAAUACUAUCGACAGGUGUUGGACACGGAGGCGGUGGAAGAAAACGCACAACAGCUCACCGCGGUCCUACAGAGAAUCAUCUACUUCAUCAUCCUCGCCCCCUACGAUAACGAACAAUCCGACCUCCUCCACCGCAUCUUCCGUGACUCCCGCAACGAGCAACUCGUCAAAACCGACUACAAGCUCCUCGAGAAGUUCACCAAACCCGAAAUCAUGCGAUGGCCCGAAGUCGCCGAAGUCUGGGGCGCCCACCUCUGCUCAACCGACAUCUUCUCUGCCAACGACGAUCCGAAGGACCCCAAAGCCUUCCAGCGGUGGCAAGACCUCCGCAAGCGCGUCAUCGAGCAUAACGUGCGGGUGAUCGCGAAGUACUACACGCGGAUCGGCAUGUCGCGGCUCCAGCAGCUGCUCGACCUCGAGGGCGACGAGACGGAGAAGUACAUCAGCGACCUAGUGACGGCGAAGACCAUCUAUGCUAAGAUCGAUCGGCCCGCCCGAGUCAUCAGUUUCGCCAAGCCACGCGAUGCGGACGAUGUGCUGAACGAGUGGAGUGGAAACAUGAAGAGUUUGCUGGGGUUGCUGGAGCGGAUCGAUCAUUUGAUCACGAAGGAGGAGAUGAUGGCCAGGAUCAAGCCGGUGGGGUCAAAGAGUAAGGGGGAGACGGCAAGCUAAGCGGGUGACGGGCUCAUGCUUAAGGAUGCGGAUGGCAAACGCAAAGGGGUGUGCAUGCGGACUGGCGCAAUGGUAUCCAAGCGGCUUUUGUGUUGAUACAUUAGAUUGCGAUUCAAAUGGAUUGGUCGGGCGUAGAAACUGGAGUAUCCUUCAGCUAGUCUCCCUCCGCAUCCUUCAAUAUUGUACUCGAAGCACACGAGGUCCGAUUGAAAUGAAGAUUAUCCUGCUUCGUUCAAUUCCAAUUUGUAUCUACUCUUCAAAUAUCGAUGCUAUU